UGGUAGUUAAAAGGUUAAUGGUAUGAAACGUGAUCUUUUCAGAGUUCAUAGUACAAAAGAGUCUUCUUUGCGCUAUGUAAUGAUUGUAGAGCACACACCUACCCAGCUGCAUUGUUUGUAACCAGGCUUUCACAUUCAGUAGGACUCACACGUUCCCAUCCUGCAGGAUGUCUAUCGUGCCGAAAGCUUUGAUUGGGAUCCCACUACUAUGGAUGCUGAAACGUAUAUUUUUCCCCUACCUAUGGCAGGACAUCAGGUUUUUUUUCAGAGCAGCUGGCUAUGUACGGAAGAUAGAACGAGCAGUUUCCCGAUGCCCCUCCUUUGGCAUGCUGGAUAUGUUUUUGAAACAAGUGUCCAUAAGACCAAACCAAACUUUUAUCCUGUAUCAAGAUCAGUCCUAUACCUACAAGGAGAUAGAUCUGAAAAGCAACCAAGCUGCAUGGGCUUUAAGUCACUAUGCAAAAGUGAAAAAAGGUGAUAGUGUCGCCAUCUUCCUGAGCAAUGAACCUGCAUAUAUCUGGCUGUGGCUGGGACUAGCCAAAUUAGGAUGCCCAAUGGCUUGCUUGAACUACAAUAUACGGUCUAAAUCCUUUCUUCAUUGCUUUAAGUGCUGCCGGGCAAAAGUGCUGAUUGCUGCUCCAGAACUGCAGGCUGCUGUAGAGGAAGUACUGCCUAAUCUCAUAGAAGACGGGGUGCUGGUGUUCUACCUGAGCAAAGACUCACCUACUGAAGGUGUUCUAAGUUUACUUGACAAAGUGGAAGCUGCCUCCGCAGAUCCUGUUCCCGAAUCCUAUAGGUCAGGUGCUACGGUGAAAACACCAGCUCUGUAUAUAUACACAUCUGGAACCACAGGUCUUCCCAAAGCAGCUGUUAUAAAUCAAGGACGCCUUUUGAUAAGUUCCUCGAUAAGUACACUGGCUGGAGUGUCAUGUAAUGACAUUUUGUAUAUUCCCCUGCCAUUGUACCACAGUGCCGGCCUCAUGAUUGGGGUUCGAGGAUGCAUCCAGCAAGGGGCCACCUGUGUUUUAAGAAAUAAAUUUUCAGCUAGCCAAUUCUGGAAUGACUGCAGGAAAUAUAAUGUGACAGCCUUCCAGUAUAUUGGGGAGAUCCUCCGAUAUUUAUGUAACACUCCUAAGAAAGACAAUGAUAAAGAACACAGCGUGCGGCUUGCAGUGGGAAAUGGACUAAGACCAGAUGUCUGGCAAGAAUUCCUGAAUCGUUUUGGUGAUAUACAUAUUUAUGAAUUUUAUGCUGCAACUGAAGGAAAUGCUUUUUUUUUCAACCAUACAAGAAAAGUAGGCGCAAUAGGCAGAUACAACCGCUUCUUAAAGCGUAUAAGACCUUUUGAGCUGAUAAAAUACGAUGUGGAAAAGGAUGAAGCGGUCCGUGAUGCUGCAGGAUACUGCAUUCGUGUUGCAAGAGGAGAGACUGGCUUACUAAUAUCUCAGAUUACGGUUACCAACCCUUUUGUGGGAUAUGCAGGCGAUGAGUCACAGACUGAGAAGAAGAGACUUCGAAAUGUGUUUAAAAAGGGAGAUUUGUAUUUUAAUACAGGAGAUUUGUUAAUGAUAGACAAAAAUGGCUUUAUUUUCUUCCAGGAUCGUGUUGGAGACACAUUUCGAUGGAAAGGGGAAAAUGUAGCAACCACAGAAGUAGCAGAUAUUGUGGGAAUGACAGACUUCAUUGAAGAAGCCAAUGUCUAUGGAGUUCCAGUGCCUUAUCACGAAGGAAGAAUUGGAAUGGUAUCCAUCACACUUAAGCCAGGCGAAGCAUUUGAUGGUGACAAACUGUACAAAAAGGUUUCAGAUUAUUUACCUAAUUAUGCCAGACCACGUUUUGUCAGAAUACAGGACUGUAUUGAAGUUACCGGAACCUACAAGCAGCGUAAAGUGGAAUUGGUCAAGGAGGGCUUUAAUCCACUCACAAUAAAUGAUCCACUAUACAUGUUAGACGAGACCGAAAAAAGAUACAAACCAAUGGAUCCCCACGUUUACAAUGAUAUCUUGGAAAAGAAACUGAAACUUUAAUACUAGUCCCGCACCUCGAUCAUAGCAUUCCCAUUGUAAUCUUAUUUGUGUGUAUCAUAAUCUCCUGGACUUUCUACAAACAUUUUGAUAAAUCAAAGAUAAAAACUGAUGACUGGACAUAAUAGGGUAUUUUAGCAUGACUGAUACAAAUAUAAAGUGUCACAUAAAUAAAUGAUCAUUGUGCAUAUUGUAUAUAAUGAGUCUCACAUGACCUAUAUUUAAUGUUAGGACCUAAGUAUAGAGAAAACCAGUGCACUGAUUAUAUAACCCUGUAUGUAACCUUUUGUACAUUAUUGUGCCCACUGGUAGAUUUAGCCAAAGUAUUGCUUUUAGCACAUUUACUCAAGGAACUUAGUAAAUAUCUUUUUUAUACUACUGUUGGGUUAUUCCAGCAGUCUUCUCCAGUCAAAUUAAUGAAUGCAAUUUUGCACAUAUGACCACUGUCACUUUAUGCAUUAAUAACUCUGGAAUGCUUUUACUUUUCAUUCUGAUUCCGAGGCUGUUUUUUCGUGACAUAUUCCACUUUGACAUAGUGGUAAAUUUUCGUCGUUACUUACAUCCUCUCUUGGUGAAAAAUCCCCAAAUUUCACGAAAAUUUAACAUUUUUCUAACUUUGAAACUCUCUGCUUGUAAGGAAAACGGACAUUCCUAAUAAAUUAUAUAUUGAUUCACAAAUACAAUAUGUCUACUUUAUGUUGGCAUCAUAAAGUUGACAUGUUUUUACUUUUUGAGGACAUCAGAGGGCUUCAAAGUUCAGCAGCAAUUUUCUAAAUUUUCAAAAAGAUUUCCAAAUCUGAAUUUUUCGGGGACCAGUUAAGUUUGAAGUGGAUUUGAGGGGCCUUUCUGGGAGAAAUACCCCAUAAAUGACCCCAUUCUAAAAACUGCACCCCUCAAUGUAUUUAAAAUGACAUUCAGAAAGUUUGUUAACCCUUUAGGUGUUUCACAAGAAUAGCAGCAAAAUGGAGGAGAAAAAUUAAAAUCUGCAUUUUUUUUACACUAACAUGUUCUUGUAGCCCCAUUUUUUUCAUUUUUAAAAGUGGUAUGAGAAGAAAAAGCCCCCCCAAAAUUUGUAGCCCAAUUUCUCUCAAAUAUGGAAAUACCUCCUUUAUGUUGACAUAAAGUGCUCUGCGGGCUCACAAUAUGGCUCAAGAGGGAAAGAGCACCUGUAGGAUUUUGGAGAGAGAAUUUUGCUGUCGUGGUUUUUGGGGGCUAUGUUGUAUUUAGGAAGCCCCCAUGGUGCCAGAACAGUGAAAAAAAUCCCCACAUGGCACACUAUUUGGGAAACUACAACCCUCAAGGAACAUAACAAGGGGUAUAGUGAGCCUCAUAGGUGUUUGAGGACUUAGCAUUGAAGUUGGAUGUAAAAAUGGAAAAAAAAAUUUUUAACACUAAAAUGAUGGUGUUACCCCACAUUUUUCUUUUUCACAAGGGGUAAUGGGAGAAAAUUCCCCCCAAAAUUUUAAAACCCCAUUUCUUCCGAGUAUGGAAAUAACCCAUAUGUGGACAUUAAAUGCGCUGCUGGAUACAAUGCUCAUAAGAGAAAGAGCAAAAUUUGGCUUUUUGAAAAAAGAACUUUGCUGAAAUAGUUUUUGGGGGGCAUGUUGCACUUAGCAAGUCCCCAGGGUGCCAGAACAGCAAAAAAAACCUACAUAUGGCAAACUAUUUGGGAAACUACACCCCUGAAGGAACGUAACAAUGGGUACAGUGAGGCUUAACACCUCACAGGUGUUUGACAACUUUGCGUUGAAUUUGGACGAGAAAAUGAAAAAUUUUAUUUUUAACACUAAAAUGAUGGUGUUACUCCAAAUUUUUCAUUUUCACAUGGUGUAAUAGGAGAAAAUGGACCCCAAUAUUUGAAGCCCAAUUUCUCCCGAUUAAGAAAAUGCAUCAUAUGUGGACGUUAAGUGCUCUGCUGGUGCACUACAGGUCUCAGAACAGAAGGAGCACCAUUGGACUUUUGGAGAGAGAAUUUUGCUGAAAUUGAAGUCGGGGCCAUGUGCAUUUACAAAGCUCCCAUGAUGUCAGAACAGCAGAAACCCCCCACAUGUGACACCAUUUUGGAAACUACACCCCUCCAGGAAUGUAACAAGGGUUACAGUGAGUACUGGUUGAACUUGAUGGACAUAUGUCUUUUUUCGACUGUACUACUAACUAUGUAACUUACACCUCACAAGUUUUUUUAACAGUGGGCCGUAAAAGUGAAAAAUUUAAUUUUUUGCACUAUAUUGAUAGUGUUACCCCAAAUGUUUCAUUUUCAUAUGGGGUAAUAUGGAAAAAAAGCCCCCCAUAAUUUGUAGUGCAAUUUCGCUUGAGAAAGAAAAUACCCCAUAUGUGGAUGUAAAGUGCUCUGUGGGUGCACUGCAAUGCUCAGAAAAGAAGGAGCGCCAUUGGGCUUUUGGAGUGAAAAUUUUGUUAGAAUUGAAGUCGGGGGCCAUGUAAGUUUACAAAGCCCCCAUUGUGCAAGAACAGCAGAAACCCCACACGUGACACCAUUUUAGAAACUUCACCCCUUAAGGAACGUAACAAGGGUUAUAGUGAGUACUUCCACCUCACAUAUUUUUUGAGCAGUGGGCUGUAAAAGUAAAAAAAA